AUGUCAGCCACUACAUCCUUUUCAAAUUUUUUACAUCAGUUAGAUUCUGAUCUGCACACACUUUCCUCCGAAUCAAAAAGGCGAAACUCUGAGAUUAAACAUGCGAGUGAUAAAUCCAUUGAAAUUCUGAAAACGGUGCAUAACUUCGAGGAUUUGACGAGACAUCCAGACUUUGUAGUUCCUUUUGUCUUAUCAUGCUCCUCUCGCAAUGCGAAAUUUACAUCUAUAUCCAUGCAAUGCCUUCAAAAGCUUUCCUCAACAAAUUCAAUCCCUAAAGAGAGAAUCGAAGACGUGCUGAACUCAUUCAUCGAAUCCACUCACUUAGCUGUAGAGAUUCAAUUGAAGGUACUUCAGAUAAUUCCCCUUUUUUUCAAGACCUAUAGCAAAAAUAUCACCGGAAAGCUCUGUGGUAAGAUACUUCUGUGCUGCUCGAGCCUUCUACAGCUUCCAAACAAGGCACCUAUGGUAGUUGGCUCCGCAAGUGCUACUCUUCAACAAUUGAUUAAUGACAUUUUCGAGCGUGCAGCAGCUGAUGGAGAUGAUAUGAUUGAGGUGGCUACAGGUAAUAAUACUGUGACGAAAGUUGGCUCAUUCCGUCAUGAUGCUAAUAGAGUCUUUGCCGAUUUAUGCAGUCUGAAUUCCACCAAUUACAACAAUGAGUCUGUACUUAACAUUUCUAGCAUCCCGGAGGAUUAUGGACUUGAAAUACUUGAAAGUGUUUUGAAAAAUCAUCAACAACUUUUCGAGAAUUGUCUCGACCUGCAGUUUUUAUUAAGGACCAAAGCUGUGCCACUUUUACUUAGAUCAAUAUCAUCCUCAAGAACGUUUUCUAUUGUUGUGAGAAGCGCUCGGUGCAUUUUCCUACUUAUCAAACGGGAGUAUAUUUCAAUUCUAGAGCUAGAGCUUGAAGUCAUACUAUCUUUGUUAAUUCACAUUUUGAAAAACGAAUCAGAGACUCCAUUUUGGAAAAAGAUCCUAUCCUUAGAGAUUUUUCAAAGUGUAUGUAAGGAUUUCCAGCUUCUCAAAGAAAUUUUCAAGGCAUAUGAUAGCCUACCGGAUCGAAAGCAAAUAUUAGCAUCUUUGUUGGUGGCAUUCGAGGAAAUACUUGCUCAAGAGGAGUAUAGUGGAUAUCUUAAAGAAUCCAAGAUUUUGGCUAGAGGAGAUAUGCCUAUCAUUUCCCAUGAGAGCUCAGUUGCCAAGAUCCAAUUCAUUGACUUGCUAGACAAGACCACAGCUCCUUUUGUUGAUCAGACCUAUAUCAUAUAUUUGAUUUUGACCGCUGCAAACUCUAUUUCGGUUGGGCUUGGAUCUGAUGCCUUGCUUCUCUCACAAAAGCAAAACAAUGAUAAAGAAAUGAAAGAUGCAAUAUCCAUGUUUAAUCUUUUGUUUCAUGGUUUGUUCGUUAUCCAUAAGAAGUUUUUAUAUGCUUCAACGUUGGAUACAUCUCUUUUUCACUCCCUCGUACGUGCAUUCCAAAAGCUUUCCCACACAUCCGGUAUAUUGGGACAGACAAACAGUUUGAACGAAUGCUUAAACCUGUUCGCAUUAGCUACCAUUCAAAAUACAAUUGUAAAUUCAGAAGUUGAAGAAGAGCGUGAUGGAACGUCCUCCAUCAAUGUCUCUGUAUUCAACAGCAUAAGUGAUACGCUAAUUGGUCAAUCCCCAAUACAUCGAGAGGAAACUGAAGUGAGCCCCUUUCAUUCUAGAAAUAUUCAGCAACGAAAUAUUAAUCUUUUUAGGGCAUUGAUAUCUCUUUCCGUUUCUCUGGGGUCUAACCUCAGCCCCGAUAGCUGGAGGUAUGUUCUUCUAACAUGGCAAUGGAUAUCAUACUACGUCUAUGGGCCUUCGAAAGAUUUUACUGAGGAAUAUUAUAGUAAAAAAAUCCCACCAGGCCCUCAAGUUUCAAAGUCGGAUGUACAUGCGAUAGAACUCAGCAUUGCGAAGUUUUUUGAUAGCACGCUCUCGUACUCUAAUUCCAGCUUUAACGUCUUACUCAAGAGUUUAGUCGAACAGUCAAGUGAAUGCUUUUCUCUUCCAAAAAACACUAGUGAUACAAACGGAGAGGGAUUCAGCCCAACUGAUCACAGGGCAGUUUUACAAUGCUGCGUUUACAAUCGUGUUUUCUUCGUUAUUCAAAUUGGAGAAUUGAGCACAUUCAACUUCAACCGCUUCGUCAAUGAGAACAGGGAUCGUGGCAAUUGGUCCUUAGUCACAAAUUAUCUGAUUGAACAAAUGGCCAAUCGACAACUUCCAAGUGUCACACUGCGAUUAGAGACAGCUGACAUUUUCACUGAUAUUAUAACCAAACUUGCUGAAGAGGCUUCUGAGCGCAAAUUGGAUGAUACGCAUUCUAAAUUCGGCGACGUUGAAGACCAACUACUGAACGCUUUAAUGAAAGUAAUCGACACAAUUAUGGGCCUGGGAAUAUCGAAAGAUGACGUGAAUAGCGGAGCAGCUAAUACCGAGUCAGAUAUACUUUUUCAAUCUCUUAGAACGCUUAAAGAUUUGCUGGACAAUUUCGGUGAUUCUAUGACACAUUCUUGGGAUACAGUCUUCCGAAUUAUAAAUUCUCCUUUCGAAAUUAUUGGAAUCAAUCCCGGUUUGGAACAGAAUGAUGAUGUUGAAGACAACUCAAUUAUUGAAGUGAUCAGUGCUAAACAGAAAAAUAUGAUUCAGAUGUCUUUCGACGUUUUUAAGUUGAUCUCUGACGAUUUCCUGCAAACUUUGCCACUGGGCGUGAUCAGAGAAGUAAUCGAUACCUUGUUGAAUUUCGUCAAACAGGAGAAAGAUCUUAACAUAUCCUUCUCAUCUAUAAGCCAGUUUUGGCUUGUAGGUGAUUACUUAAGGACUUGCAUUUCAAAGAGUCCAACAGAUGAUAGAGAAGAUCAAAGAAAGAAAUUUGCAGAGAAUGUCGAGAAGGGGAAGCUUACUGAAAUCAUCACAUCAGCUGAUUUAAAUACCUUCGACGUUUACAACGGUCUAUGGUUAUAUCUAUUAAAAAAAUUAGUGGCAUGCACUGAGGACAAAAGACUUGAAGUGAAGAAUGGUGCCAUACAAACAUUUUUCAGAAUUGUUGAUUCUCAUUCGAGUUGUUUCCCAUCUUGGGAGUUGAUAUCAAUCGAAGUAAUUGCUCCACUUCUUCAAGCAAAUCUGAAGGUCGAGGAUGCAAUCCAAACCAUGCAAUUUUUGGAUAUUAAACUUGAAGGACUUGUACAUUUGUAUCCAACUUACUUGUGCAAUUUCGAAUCUACUAAAGAAAUUUCACGCGCUUGGUCUCUCUUGAUCAACUACAUGCAAUCCCUAGUUGAAUUGCCAUCCUUUGACCUGAAAUUUAUAACCCUAAGCAACCUCAAAAUUUUACUUACUUCAGUACUGUCAAUUGACGGGCUACCAGAUGAGAUCACUGAGCAAUUCUGUUCGCUGUGGUUACAAUACAAUGUAAUUUACGGCGAUUAUUCAAAGUCUACGGAACCCAAACAGAAAACUAGUUACGAUUGCUUGCAUGAGCUUUUGAUGUGUUACCCACCGUUGCAUAAGCUUCUUGACCAAAAGAACCUACUGAACGUGGAGAAAAUCGAAAAAUUUCUGUCAAUCUUUAAUUCGGCUGUCCGUUAUCCACUUCUUCCGGAAUAUUCAAGCGAUAAAUCACGCCCGUCAUCGUUACAGCAGGCGGUAUUUGAUUCACUAAGAGUUUAUGAUUACAAUCAACUUCCGGAAAUUGAAUCACUUCUAUUAAAUCAAAUAAGUGCUAUUGUUAUUUUACCAUUCGAUACACUAAGCCGCAUCGAAACCAAACUAGCACCAAAACUAACAACCAAUUCAAAAGCAAGGAUUCCUUCCUUCGAGUCGAUAAGUUAUUGCUCUUGCAAAUAUCUCUUUGAAAGAGUAUUAAAAAUUGAACCUUUCACGGAGAGCUACAUAACAUCGAAAUCAAUGUGCAAAAUUUUGAGAAAUUUGAGAGAACCAGUGGUGGCAAAGUCGCUCAUUGGUGGGGGCCAGGAAGAAAACAGCUAUCUAUGGGUUACCUCAUCACAAUGCUUUCUCACGAUAGCAAGAAAGGUGUUGAGCCUGUAUGACGAUGAUAAGAUAUCUCAAGAUACAUAUAAAGAUAUCAGAACAGAAUUUAUUGAACUUUUCAUGUCAGUUGCGGUCGCUCCGCUAAAGCGGCUUACACCUGAAAUUGAUUUAAAGACAGAAAAAGAUGAUAUUUCUCUCUACAAUGAGUACAAAGAGUUGCUCUUACAACAUCUAGAUCUUGACGCUAUCACAGAAACACAUCUACAAAAUUUUAUCUCAACUGUUUGGUCAAGUUCUUUCUUUUAUGAAGUCGAUGAGAUAGAAGAUGCCAUUAUCCAUAAUGCAACUACACUCUCGGAAGUCGCUGAGAGGUUAGCUAAUUUCGAAUUCGAUGACAUCUUGGGUUCCACUUCAGAAUUGCAUAUCCUCAGUAAAUACAAUUCAACGUCUGUUUGUCUCCAAGAUUUGGUGAAUUUCACAAAAUUUGAAGGAUCGGGUUUUAUGAAGUUGAGAAAAAUAUGCGUGACCUUUUUGGUGGCAAGAUGCGCAUUUGUUUUGAGAAGAUAUAUUUCCGAUGAAUCCUUGAUCAGACGGGCACCUAUCGCCAAAAUCAGAAAGUUGGAAAUUGUUGUUAUUCUUGAGGGUCUUUCAGAAGUACUAAGGUUUCAAUCUUUAGUAGAAAAUGAAAACGGUGAUCAAAGGGAAAUUUUGCAAAGUAUGAAAGUAUUAUACCCACUAUUAUUGAAAACCAUGCCAGUUUCCAACAAAGUUGAAGGAUUACAACCAAUCGUGCAGAACCUGUCUAUAAAAUUUACCAAGGUUGUUCUUUAG